AUGCUCAAAAAGGGCUUCGAGACGGGCUUCAAGCACGUCAAGAUCACGAUCAAGGGCCACUUGGAAGAACUCAGAAGCAGCAAUGACAACGACGCUCCAACCACUGGCUCCUCCUCGGGCAGCGGCAUCCCCCCCUCCAAGGCCAAAACCGCCCGUGUGACCGGGAGCGCCUUCAGAUCUCGGAACGAGGUGAAUCGCAACACGAGCCCCACCAGCCGUGUGGGCUCCGUAAGCCAGAAGGGUGCCUGGGCGGUGCUGCUUCUACCACCGUGCCAGCCCACGCCAGCAACCCUCCUUUCUGCUGGCAGCUUCGCGGCGUCUUCAUCUGGGGCUGCCGACACCCAGCGCAGCGGCUUAACUAGCAGGAAGCGCGCGGCCCCUAGCACGUCUGGUGGUGAUGCCCGCGCCCAGAAGCGAGUCCAGACGAGCGGCGGAGGCCCCCUGCAGCAGCAGCAGCGGCGGCAGCAGCGGCAACAACAACAACAACACCCCCAGGAGAGUUAA